AUGUCGCCAGUUCUGCAUCUCCUGUGGGCUCUAAUGUCACUUGGUAGUUCUAUUCUGUCUUAUUGCAGGUAUCCUGGGGUCAAUCAAACCCCAAUGUCCGGUCCUUUCUCCGCGGGACAGACUGCCCGCUUAGAGUGCCGAAUACAGAAUGGAAACGUUGGAAGUUACAGUGCUGCGUGGGACCGACAUCGUCCCGAGAGGAGACCGGAGGGAGUAAUAUAUCAUGACUCAAGCAAUACCAUUUACAGAGGACCCGGCAUCACUGAACGUUUCCAACCGUCCAGAGACACCUCCUCCAACAGUCACAUCCUGACCAUCGGCAACAUGGAGACCGGCGACUCGGCCGUUUAUUACUGCAGAGUGUGGGAGAGUAACAUAGGUUGGGUCUACGGGCCGGGGACGAUCCUGGAGAUAAAGAGUAGCGAGAGCAGAAAGCCCUCGGUCCUCCUGCUCCCUCCCUCCUCGGAGCAGACCGGUUCGGGUUCUGCCACUCUUUCCUGCCUCGAGAGCGGCUUUAAGCCUGGAUUGGUCGCGCUGCGCUGGAGCGUGGUUGGCGUGGAGACGGAGAGCGGGGUGACGACAGGUGCCGUGUCCCUGGACACCGACCAGACCUACAGACUGAGCAGUUACCUGCGGGUACCCACCGCUGCCUGGAACAAGGGCUCGAGCUAUUCCUGCAGCGUGAGCCACAGCUCGCUGAGCUCGCCGCUGCGCAACACCAUCUCUUCACCCGCCUGUGCGCAGUGA